AUGACUAAAGGAGAAACCACUCAAGUCAAGGUCCACUACAAGGGCAAGGAGGACGACUUCAUCAUCUUCAUCGACGACGUCGAGACCUAUAAGAAGUGGAAGAACGACAAGUCCGUUCCCAUGGCUCAUUUCAUCUCCGCCUUCAAGAUCUUCGUGACACACAAGCAAGGAACUCAGGGCCAGAUGGACGGAGCAUCCAAUAGUACGCUCGAGAACGAGUUUGGUGUCUCUAACGAGGAUGAGGUCAUCAAGAAGAUACUAGAGGCUGGCACACUUCAGGAGUCCGAGUUUCCUGAACGCCAAGGACCCAAGAAUGACGCCCAGAGAGGCUCCAUUGUCACUGGUCAGGUUUCCAGAUAA